ACAUUCUGUAAAUUACAACUAGUCCCUUCAGGUCUUUAUACAGGGCUAGUCUAAAUGAUGUUCCCGAUUUGAAACACAUGUUACUCACGUUUAAUGAAAUUCAGAUGCACAAAAUUGGUACCGAUGGAAAGAGAAACUCGUCCCUUCUUCCACUCGUUCCCUGCCUGUUUGCUCUAUGUGCCAAUCACUCCGUGUUUCAGAUGUACCUGAGCUACAUGAGUCGAAGCAGCUUGCCACCACCUUUUAACCUGAUCCCCACCUGGCAAGGUGUGUCCUCCAUAUUUGAGUGGUUACAGGCUUUACUGAUAAGGACGCCUGGGAAAAAAGCCAAGUUCUCAUUUACAAACUUAUGCUAUGUGGUUAUCGACCAAACGGAGGACAAGGAAUUGUUCUCAGAGCUCAUGCCUACGCUGUGCCAACGCUACUUCAAACGCACGGAGCCGGCGACGAGCAGCCAUUGCUAUCAGUUCACGAAAGGGCCCAGUCGCGGGAACCGCUCCGCUUUCAAAAAAGAGAAGAAGUUUUUCAGUCUUGUAGACGAAGGAGACGUGAACGCGGUGCAGAAAUUCCUUGAAGAGAAUCCGGGAUUCGAUAUAAAUUGUGUGGACUUCAAGGGCGUGUCGGCUCUCCUACUGGCGGUCCACAACCACGACGGAGGAAUGGUCACCUUUCUUUUGGAUCAGAAAGAUAUCCUCCUUUCGGACUGCGCGCUGCAUGCAGUGAGGGAAGAUCAACCCAGCAUCCUUCUGCUGCUCCUGGACAAGCUGGAGGACAUCGAACGCGGUCUAGAGUUCGCGGGUUGUCCCGACAGCGCAUACUUCCCCGAGUACAUGACACCGCUGAUGCUGGCCGCCCAGUGCGACAACUACGAGAUCAUAGGAAUGCUACUGGAACGGUGUCAUACAAUCCAUCAUCCACAUCACCCCAGAUGCUCCUGCGCCUGGUGCCGGGAAAAUCUGAAGAAGAACGAGGACAGGCUAAUGGCGUCCAAAAGGUGUCUGGACACGUACAAAGCCAUUAUCAGCCCGGCCUACAUCUGCCACAAAUCCACGGACCAAAUCCUUACGGCGUUCAAACUGAACAAGGAACUGAUGGACUAUGCAUCCACUGACCUGGAGUUACGUGUGUUCUACCUGGACCUUGCCAAACAAGUGCGAAGCUUCGCCGCAGAUCUCAUAGAUUGCUGCAACAACCCAGAGGAAGUAGAGUAUGUACUGAAGCAACGGGCAGGUUGCGAUGUAAAUUGGCGCGUGAAGUUUCCACGUCUGUCUCUUGCAAUGGACCUCAACCAAAAGGAAUUUGUGGCGCACCGGAAAGUUCAAGAGGUGGUAAAAACAGCCUGGUGUGGGAAUUGGUACUCAUGGCGCCGGCUAUCCGAAUUCGUCAAGUUCCUGAACAUCUUACUGCGGAUAAUUGGGUUCCCCGUCUGCGCAGUUAUAUGUUUAGUAGCACCCACAAGCAUACCGGGAGCCUUCCUGAAUUCGCCCAUCAACAGAAUGUUGAACAGCUUCGCUUCCUACAUAGUCUUCCUGACUUGUGUGUUCAUGGUGUCGAACCAGGAUAAGACGAACCAUAUAAGGGGGCCGCUCGACAUAGGAUUCGAAGUAGCGGUGCUUGUGUAUGUGGUGUCCUAUAUAUGGAGCUCAAUCAGACUCUACUUGCGAGAAGGACCUCAGGGCUUCUUCUCAUCCUUGACGAACUGGUACGACUUGCUGAUGGAGGCCCUCUUCGUAAUUGCUGCUGUCUUCAAGAUCUUGGCGUACAUCGACAUGCAGAACUCCAACCUCGCGAACGAGGAGAGAAAGUACUGGGACCACCUGGACAACACCCUCAUCGGCGAGGGUUUCUUCGCACUUGCAACCAUUUUCGCGUACCUCCGCCUGCUGCUGCUCUUGCAACUCAACCUUCAACUCGGCCCGCUGCUGGUGUCCCUGGGGAAGACGUUCAAGGACAUGGCGAGAUUCGUCGUUCUCAUGUCGCUAAUAAUGUUGGCAUUCUGCGCAGGUCUGUGCAAAUUCUAUCAGUAUUACGAUGGAAUGAUACUACGGGACGUAGUCAAGGGCAUUGAGUUCGUGCAGGUGAGCUCAUUUGUCAGUGUUAAGGAGACCUUGAAGACACUUUUCUGGGCCAUCUUCUGCAUGAGCCCAGUAGAGUCAGCGGACGUGGUCAUUGAGAACCUGUCGGGUCCAGACGAAGGCGAGAUUUUGUUCAACAGACAUGAGUUCACGGAAGCAGUGGGACACAUUUGCUUCGCGGCUUUCUCUAUGCAGAUAUCACAGUCUGUGUACCUGAGCUACAUGAGUCGAAGCAGCUUGCCACCACCUUUUAACCUGAUCCCCACCUGCCAAGGUGUGUCCUCCAUGUUCGAGUGGUUAGGGGCUUGCUGUAGACCGAAGCCUGGUAAAAGAGCCAAGUUCUCAUUUACACACUGCUGCUAUAUGGAAGUCGACACUCCAGUGGACGAGGAACCACCUGCGUCUUUCAUGUCUACGCUGUGCAAACGAUUCUUGCAGAAGAGGGAGAAGGAAAUGAGACAGGAGGCUGAGAAGGAGCUAGAAUCGCUGGAGAUGAGCAGCUCACAGCGCAGCCAGGAUUUCAUUACGAACUCAAUGGACAAAAAAGAAACCUCAGUUCGGGGAGGAAUCGAGGGUAAUAUGGAGGUACAUAAAACACAAGACAUGGUUACAGCAACUGAGGAAGCAGAUGAAUUAUCGAUGUACGGCAAGUACAUUGUAAAUCAACUGCGAGGGUUGAAAGACAAAUACGCUCGUACAAAUGCUCAAAAUUACAUUGAAGAAAUACUGCACAAAGCAAAGGAGGGGUUUUACGCAGAAAAAUAAUAAAAGCACUUCGAGGCAACUGCCAGAACCACCUUCUUCUGAGCAAAAACACACGAAUUUCUUUGUUUUUUUUUCAACGCUUGACGUCUGCUGCUGCUCGGAUUGGACCCUAUCUGACAAUAGAAUUAUCGUUUGCCGUUAACAAA